AUGCGAACCAUCUACAUCACCGCCUUAAUUGCAUUUCUAGCCCUGGAGGCCUUUGGUUAUCCCACAGAUACCGACGCCGUCACCGAACCGGCCUUUCCCGGCUACGAGGAUGGCACUACGACCUUCCAAGUUGUGCCCUACCCCGACGCGGACAAGAUCACCCUUAGCGGCACCAUGCAGGAAGUCCAUGCCAAAAUCCUCGAAAUCAAUCCGAUCUACGAGGAAGACUGGAAGAACGUCAAUAAUACCUACUCAAAGCCUGAACCCCGGUCGGACAAGCCUCCUCUGCUAAACUGCGACGGACGCAAUGGGUAUGCCAAAAUCGACAAAAUCAACGACGGCAUCAGCUACCUUCGCAAGUUCAAGCUGCCACCAGGCCUCGAAGGAAAUACUUGCCAGAUGGUCAGCUGCUCGUAUGAUUCGGCCAUCAGCUGGUGCAACGCUCUUCCCACCCUGAGGGUUCUCCCCUCCUUCGACAAUAUCGCUGACGGUGCACAGGUGAUUCUGAACUGGUGCCAGGUGGACUGGGAUAAUGUCGGGGGUGUGCUGGGCCACCCCGAUAGUUGGCGUGUUUUUGUGGACAAAGAAAAGUGCUAG